AUGACGCAAUUCACAGCCGUCCAAUCGAACGGCGGCGCCUCCAACGGCAGGGUGACCGAUCAAAAUCCGAAGUCAGAAUCGAGCAAUGGCAGCAGCAAUGGCCAUCGCAACGGCAAGGCGGCCGCUCCUACGGUCGACGAAUAUGCAGACGUCUCUGCGUUCGCGCCGCUGUUUCCAGGAAGCUCCAUCGAUCGAAGAGAGUUGGUCAAGCUCACUCUGCAAUCUUUGCGCGAGAUGGGCUACGACGCCGCGGCAAAGACGCUCGAAAACGAAUCAGGCGUCACCCUCGAACAUCCUUCCAUCACAGCCUUCCGCACUGCAGUGCUCAGCGGGGAUUGGCGAAAUGCAGAGAGGCUCCUCAUCGAUGGCCUGACCUACGCUGCCAGGCGCAUUCAGGCUUCACGCAGCUCGAGCGGGGCCUUGGAUGGUCCGUCCAGCGAAGCACUUCCGUCGUCAUCCGCGGGUUCGUCCUUCUUGUCGCUUCCCGGCACGCAGGAGUCACCGAAUCAGGACUUGAUUGACACUGUCCUUCGCAGGCCUCAUCUUGUCAGCCUCCGUUCCAUUCGCUUCAUGUUGCAAAAGCAGCGCUAUCUCGAACUGCUCGAGGCUCGUCAGACCAAGAAAGCGCUCAACGUGCUACGUGAGAAGCUCACUCCUCUGAGCCACGACACAUCCCAGCUGCAUCUCCUGUCCAGUCUCGUCAUCUCCGCAUCACCAGAACAGCUGCACGCCCGUGCCAACUGGGACGGCGCCGACGGCGAAUCGCGCCGCUUGCUCAUGAUGGAGAUCGAGUCGGCCGUAUCCCCACUCGUCAUGAUUCCCAGUCGACGCUUGCCUCAGCUGCUCGAACAAGCGCAGAGCUACCAGAAACAGCAGGACCCCUUCUUUAAUUCACCGCAUGGCUCUCACUUCUCGCUUUUGACGGACCAUCGAUCCGACCGAUCCGUCUUCCCUUCGCAUGUGUCACGCACCAUCGAAGAUCAUCACGACGAAGUUUGGUGCUUGGAGUUUUCGCACGACGGCACCAAGCUUGCAACAGCUGGUGCCGACAAGACCAUUCUCAUUUGGAGCGUACAAGACGACUACAAGCUGUUGCAAAAGUUCGUGCCGUUGUCCGACAACAUCUCCUCGGUAUCUUGGUCGCCGAAUGACAAGAAGCUCCUGGUCACUUCGGACGUUGACGUUACCCUCUGUCAGCUCGAGAACGGAAGCAUGCUGACGCUUCGCGAGCACAGCUAUACAGUUGCUACGGCGGCAUGGCGCUCGGAUGGCUCCGGCUUCGUCACGGGAGGCAUGGACGGCAAGAUCGUAUGGUGGGACAUGGAAGGUUACGUGCUACACAAGAAGAGCACAUCACCUUUCCGAGUCCUUGCUGUUGCGGCUACACCGGAUGGCGAGCAUCUUGUGGCUCUGAGCGCGCGACAAGUCGCGCAGACUAGUCUCUCAUCUUCUACAACCCGAGGUCACACAAGCUCGUCCACCGUGCUCAGCACCUCGACGGCAUCAGACCAUCUCAGCGACAGCUCGUCGCCUUCUACCACUUCAACCAGCUUUGGCCAUGAUCGUGCCGAUCUGGACUCGCUCGUCGACCUCGCCGGAGGCUCGCGAACGAUGGGCUCCGAGCGGUACCGAAUCCACUUCCUCAACCUCCGCACGCGAGAGGAGCUCGGUUCGAUCUAUCUGCGAGAAGAGGUGGUCAGCUUGGCGGUGAGCCGGGACUCGCAGUAUGCCCUGAUCAAUGUGAGGCCAAACGAGCUGCAGAUGUGGGACAUCAGCCGUCAAUGCCUGGUCAGACGCUUCAACGGACACAAGCUCAGCCAGCACGUCAUUGGCUGCGGAUUCGGAGGCAUCGACGAGAACUUUGUCAUCUCUGGCAGCGAGGAUGCCAAGAUCUACAUCUGGCAUCGCGCAAGUGGCCGACUGAUCGAGACACUGACGGGUCACGAAAUAGGGUCCGUCAAUGCGGUAGCGUGGCAUCCGAAGGAUGCACUCACAGUCGCUUCGUGUGGAGACGACCACACUGUCCGAAUUUGGCGGCCUGGGGGACGACUGCCGGCAUCCGCUGCGUUCCAGGGCGACGCCGCCCCUAAGUCGGACGACUCUGAAAUCAGCGGGGCAGCCAAUCCGUUCCCUUGGAGCUUCUCGGAGGCAUCUACCGCCGGCGAAGCUGACAUGAUGCAGUCGAUCCACGAAGCCAUGGACGAAGAAGACGUGGAGGUCAACACGCCUUCACCCGUAAUCUAA